AUGCACCAUCUAGCAUUAGGUUAUACAAAGCAGUUGUCGGUCAGUGUAUGCGUGUUUGGGUGCCGGUGGAAAAUGAUUGAUAAGCACAAAGUUCUAAUGCUAGCUGAUCCAGAGAGGAUCUUCGAAAAAGGUUUAGAAACUCAAAAUUAUAGUGAAGCAUUAUUUAAUCAUGAAAAAGCAUUAGAGAUCUAUGAAAGUCAUUCACUUUCAGCAUACAAUCAUUGUCAUGAGAAAGCAGUAAUACUUCAGGGCAUUGCAUAUGUGCACUUAUUGACGGAAAAUUAUGAAUUAGCUUUGGUCAAUUAUAAAAAUGCAUUAACAAUAGGAUUAACAGCUCCUCAGAUUAUUAGUACGUCUAAUAUCAUUGGUUUGCUAUAUAAAAAUCAAUUUAAAAAUUAUAGUGAAGCAUUAUCUUACUGUGAAAAAGCAUUAGAGAUGUAUGAAAAUAGUUUAACUCAUUAUACAAUAGCUGAAAUACUGUAUAAUAUUGGCACUGUGCAUCAUGAAAGAAAAGAUUAUGAAUUAGCAAUGUUCAACUAUAAAAAAGCCUUGUCAAUUCAAUUAACGUGUUUACCGGUAAAUCACACUGGUAUUGCAAAUACCUACUAUCGUAUAGGUAUAGUGCAACAAGUUCUUCAAAAUUACUGUGAAGCAUUAAUUAACUAUAAAAAAGCAUUAUCUAUUAAAUUAAAAUACUUAUCAUCAGAUGAUACAGAUAUUGCAGAUUUCUAUAUUAGCGUUGCUAUAACUCAAUCUAAUAAAAAAAUUAUAUUCGAGCAUUAA